AUGGCCAAUUCAGGCAGUCGUUAUGACAGUGGAGGCGUUACCACCAUUGCCACUCAUAAGCACCGCCUUAUCAGCUUGCUAGCCAAUCAGACGGCACGUUUAGGAGGACACAACCAAUCACAGUUCGGCAAUAGGUGGUUAACCCAAGACUUGGAUUUUUCUCCAGCUUACCCACAGACGUGCUACGUACAAGCACUCUCCGCUAUGUCUCGAAGAGAUGAAGCUUGUUGUGAAAAAGCGGCCGAAAAUGCCUUUUUACUCAAUUGGACGCGCGACCGCCUUCGAAGAACCACACAGAAACUUCGACGUACUAUGAUCACCACAGCAGAUUGGCCUCCUCCUCGAGUUAUCUUCAACUCUGAAGUGUCAACUACUCAUGAUAGAGAUGAAGACAAAACAACGGCGUGGUUCUUGCCUUGCUGCUUUCAGGGUUGUCGAAAUCGAUCACCCGAAGUUGAAGAUUCAAAAGGCACUAGACUCUCGCAGAUGCUUAUGGGGACUUAUAAGAAGGAAAAUAGCGUAAAAUGCAAGAAUUUGAUGCUUAGAACGGGUCCUGAUGGUAGUCUAAUCUGUCCUGAUCAUGUGGAUGUAUCCAUGCUGAUCGAAGGAUUCCGGGAAUUCGAGCGACGGUUUCAAUAUGGUACGCUGAUGCCCUUUGCAAACGUCCUUCCCAGUAUAAAUCCAGCCCGACAUGAAGUAAGCCAGAAGGCGAAAGAUGGAGAAAUAAAUGAGCAAAUUAGUGGUUCCUCCGAUUUAAAAGAUGAAGGGAAGAACAAGAAGGGGAAGACGGAUAGGGUCUUUCAAGAGAGCUACCAAGAUGUGUUGGUGGUUCAGGAUAUUUGCGAGGAGUGA